UCUCAGCUUGACGUUCCCUUCUCCAAGAGAACAACAAGCUGGUACAACCCAAAAACACAUAACAAAAUUCAAAAACGAUUUUCGAAGAUUAAAUUCGAAAACCCAUUCUUCUUUUUAGGCUUUUUUUUUGGGUGUGUUCUUCUUAAUUUUAGAUUCGGAGAAUUCGGUAUUCCGUUUUUGAAUUCGGUUACAGACAGAGAAAGAGAGAGAAAACGAAAAUGAAGGCCAUAACGCCGCCCUCGACUAACAGUCUCAAUCCGCUAAUCCGGUUCUCUGUGGCGACCACCCGGCCCAGUAUCGUACGGGUCUACCCGACCCGAAUCUCGGUCCAAUGCGCUUACCGUUCGGAAUCCAUGAGCUUCCCCAACGGCGUCGGAUCUAGCCGAGCCGACUGGCAGAGCUCCUGCGCUAUUUUAGCCAGCAAGGUUGUGAACCAAGAACAGCCGACGGAGAAGGCUGGUGGCGCCGACCAUGUUGCCGCCGUGAACGGCCACAAGACUGCCAUUGAUCUAAAUCUGGUUCCGAUUGAGAAGGUCUGCGGGGACAACAGCGGCGGUAGUAACAACAACAACAGUAACAAGCCGGCAUCGAAGCCGCUUACCAUAACCGACUUGUCUCCGGCGCCGAUGCACGGCGCGCAGCUCCGCGUGGCUUAUCAGGGGGUUCCUGGCGCGUACUCGGAAGCGGCUGCUGGUAAAGCUUAUCCGAACUGUGAAGCCAUACCUUGUGACCAGUUCGAGGUGGCUUUUCAAGCGGUGGAGCUUUGGAUCGCCGAUCGAGCUGUUCUCCCUAUUGAGAACUCCCUUGGUGGCUCGAUUCACCGCAACUACGACCUCCUCCUCCGCCACCGCCUCCACAUCGUCGGCGAGGUCCAGCUACCAGUUCACCACUGUCUUUUGGCCCUCCCUGGAGUCCGCAAGGAGUACUUGACGCGCGUGAUCUCACACCCCCAGGCACUCGCUCAGUGCGAGCUCACCCUCACCAAGCUCGGCCUGAACGUGGCGCGUGAGGCAGUCGACGACACGGCAGGAGCUGCCGAGUACGUCGCCGCCAACAAUCUGAGAGACACAGCAGCGAUUGCUAGCGCACGCGCCGCCGAUCUCUACGGCAUGAACAUCUUGGCGGACGGGAUCCAGGACGAUUCGAGCAACGUGACGAGGUUCGUGAUGCUGGCUCGGGAGCCAAUCAUUCCGAGGACCGAUCGGCCGUUCAAGACGAGCAUCGUCUUCGCUCACGACAAGGGGACUUCGGUGCUGUUCAAGGUUCUCUCGGCGUUCGCUUUCAGGAACAUCAGCCUGACCAAGAUCGAGUCUCGACCACACCGGAACCGUCCGAUUAGGCUGGUGGACGACGCCAACGUCGGGACGGCGAAGCAUUUCGAGUACAUGUUCUACGUGGAUUUCGAAGCUUCAAUGGCGGAUGUUAGGGCUCAGAACGCCCUCGCUGAGGUUCAGGAGUUCACGUCGUUUUUGAGGGUCUUGGGGAGUUAUCCAAUGGACAUGACGCCGUGGUGCCCGUCACGGGGAGAUUAGCAAAACUCUCUCUCUUUCUUUUAUCUUAAUAAAUUAAAAAAAAAAGAGUAAAAAUUGUUAUUAUUAUUAUUAUUAUUUUGAACACCAAGAAAAUUUAAAUUAAAUUUUCUUUACUCAUUCUCUUUCUUUUUUUUCAUUUUAAUUUUGAGAAUUUUUAAUUCAUAUGUUGAUCAGAAGAAUCUUUCUGCAAUUAAGCAGAAAAAUUGGAAGUUGUUGCUUUUGGGGGUAAAUAUGAUAAAAAAAAUUAGUUGACAAUGUCCAUAAGAAAUUUAGUGGUUGUUGCGUGUAUGAUUAUGAAAUAUUGGAGAAAAAAAAAUUGCAAUUCUCUCUUACAAA